UCUGUGAGAGCAACUCUUGGGGCUUGUCUGUGGGGGUGGGGUUGCAGGUGCUAGAGGAGCUGCAGAGCCCAGGGCGGCCAGUCAGAGCCAUGGAAGGGACUACGAUGGCAGGUCUAGGCCUGUACAUCUGGGUCCCUGGGGGACCAGCUUCUCCCUCUUCUCUGAGCCAGGCAGCAGCCAUUCUUGGCUGGGCCCCCGGAGUGUUGAGCUGCCUUGCCCGAGCAGACACUGGUAAAGGGAGGGGGCCUGGACCUGUCUAUGUUGGUCCCAGUUAGGCUGUAAUUGGCAACAGCAGCAUUUAGGAUUCAGGUUAGCUCUGAGGCACAACUUCCUUAUAGGAUAUCUGGAGGUCAGUCUGACCUGUCCAGGUCCUAGGUAACUUGAGAGGUUAUUUUGCAACUAUGAGGGGUUCUAGCUGACAUAUCACUGUUUAUUUCUUAAUUUGGAGGAAAUGCAUAGCCCUUAGAGAUGGGUAUCUGUGGGGUAUGAAUAGGGGAAGGGGCUUCAUGGGAGCCCUUUGCUCUGUAGAAGUUGAGAACAGGGUGCCAGAGCUUUCCGCCCCGGCACCUCUUGGUCCCUUCUGACCCCAAUCACAUAGAUCUGAGGUUUGCUCCUCCUGGAUUACUGGGCCCUGAAUCCAGUUUAGGAAGCUAUUUGUGGCAGAGGAGAAGGGAGCAGUUGUAUUCUGAGCCCUUGGCUACUGACCCUGGGUUCCAGGCCUUGUCCUUCCCUGGCAGAAGGGAGGGAGUGGUGUCCUGAGCUGUUGGCAUCCCCCUUUCCUCACUUCCUCUAAGGACAAAGGGGUUGAUAGGUUGAGUUUGCAGUAGAAGAAACUGAGACUACCUGUGCUCCCCGGAGGAGAAUAUCUACAAGAUUGACUUCGUCAGGUUCAAGAUUCGGGACAUGGAUUCGGGCACUGUCCUCUUUGAAAUCAAAAAGCCCCCAGUCUCAGAGCGGUUGCCCAUCAACCGGCGGGACCUGGACCCCAAUGCUGGGCGCUUUGUCCGCUACCAGUUCACGCCUGCCUUCCUCCGCCUGAGGCAGGUGGGAGCCACGGUGGAGUUCACAGUGGGAGAUAAGCCUGUCAACAACUUCCGCAUGAUUGAGAGGCACUACUUCCGCAACCAGCUGCUCAAAAGUUUUGACUUCCACUUUGGCUUCUGCAUCCCCAGCAGCAAGAACACCUGCGAGCACAUCUACGACUUCCCCCCUCUCUCUGAGGAGCUGAUCAACGAGAUGAUCCGUCACCCAUAUGAGACACAGUCUGACAGCUUCUACUUUGUGGAUGACCGGCUGGUGAUGCACAACAAAGCAGACUAUUCCUACAGUGGGACGCCCUGACUCCUCCAAUCGCCCCCUACCCCAGGAGGAUCCUGGGUCCUCAGCUGUGACUUCCCCAACACUCAUCUCUCAGCCUUAGGUCUUCUGCCUGGGGAGUGUUUCAGGAGCCCUGAGUCAGUGUUCGGAGGGAGGGUGCCUCGUGUCCCCAGUCCAAGUCCAUGAAGCUCAUGGAGCCUGGCACAUGGGGUGGGGUGGGGUGAUAGGGGGGCUGUUUGCCUCCAUGUCCAGGAAGGCCUCCUGUGAGAGGAGUAGCCAGGACUUCGGACAGCCUAGCCGGGCCUCUUAGGCCCACGUUUCAGAAUAGUGUUCUCCUAUCCAGACUUUGACUAGGUUGGGGCAGGGACCCAUUCCUUGUCCCCUGCCCACCACUAACAGGCCAUUUAGAUUUGUUAAUUCACAGACAAAGAUGUGUGGUGGGGUCUGGCUGCCAAGUUUCCCAAGGGAGUCUGGGCCUUGGCUCCAGCCCUAGCCUCUACCAUCAGGGGCCAAGAUACUGCCUGGGGUGUGGGAGGGACCUGCCCAGAUUGCCACCUGUGGUAGGGGCUGGACCAACUGUAUAUAGUUUUCAAUAAACUCUCCUUUUCUGUU